AGACGUUGUCAUAGUAACGGUAAUCCAACGUCAUUUCCUCUCAUUUAAAAACCCUCGAGCCAUCAGUAGAAGUGUAGCCUGAGGUAAAAAAAAAAAAAAAAAGUGCAAGUAAUGAUUGUUGCUCCCCCUCACCAAACAAACCUGAGGUCGACCUCCAUCCAUCUGAAUGAGAAAAAAGGUGGAGUUUUUGAAUUUACAUCCCUGAGAACUCCGGGCGUUUGGAUGGUAUGGCUGAGUCGAACAGCGCGAGUUCUCCUCACACGACACCGAACGGGUCCAGUCGCCAUGAGAAGAGUUUGGGUCUCCUCACGGUCAAGUUCGUUACUCUGCUUCAAGAGGCCAAAGACGGAGUGCUCGAUCUCAAAGUGGCUGCAGACAGUUUGGCAGUCAAACAGAAGAGGAGAAUCUACGAUAUCACCAAUGUUCUGGAAGGCGUUGGGCUCAUCGAAAAGAAGACCAAAAACACCAUUCAGUGGAAAGGGGAGAGUUCAGGCUGCCAGUCUCAGGAAGUUCUUGAGCAGGUAGAACUUCUCAAGGCAAAUAUUGCUGAUCUGGAGAUUCAAGAGAGAGAACUGGACAUGCAGAAAGUGUGUCUGCAACAAAGCAUCAAACACCUGAAUGAAGACUCCUCCAGCUGCAGAUACAGCUACGUGACACAUGAGGACAUAUGUGAUGCAUUCAGUGGGGAUACUCUUUUAGCUGUCAUGGCACCAUCAGGAACACAACUUGAGGUCCCAGUGCCUGAGAUGGGCCAAAAUGGUCAGAAAAAGUACCAAGUGAACUUGCGAAGUCACUCGGCUCCCAUCCAGGUGAUGCUGAUAAACCGAGAGACGAGCUGCUCCAAGCCUGUGGUUGUCCGUGUCCCACCUGUAGAUGACAUUUCUGCCAUGCCGACUCCUCCUAAUACUCCAGCAGGGGUGCAGAGGUUCCCCAUUUCUUCAGCAGAGCUCUGUGACCUAAAGCGUGGGCCGCUCAAAAGCCCCACUGCUGAGCACCAACUCACACAGUCCUCCACGUCCCCCGACGAGCACAUGGAAUGCAAUUCUGAGUCCCCUGUCAGUCAGUGUUUGUUGAUGCAGGGGUCACUAGGUGGUCCUGAAGAACAGCAGAGGGAGAUGGGGGGUCAGGAUCUGCAGUCCAUGUUUGAAGAAACGAGAGAUGAGAGAGAAGGAGUUUCUAACCUCAUUGAUGAACUGAUGUCUUCAGAUGUUUUCCCCCUGUUAAGACUUUCACCCAACCCUGGUGUGGAUUACAAUUUCAACCUUGAUGACAACGAGGGAGUCUGUGACCUUUUUGAUGUGCAGAUUCUUAAUUAUUAAAGCAUGAUUCAUGCCACACCAGUCCACACUUGCUUUCAUAGGACAAAAUGAGGUAAUGAGCCCCCCCCACACACACUGCCAACGGCUGCAUUCCUGCCUCAGCGCCUGCUCCUUGAACCUUGGCUUGCACUCAGUUUCACAUUCAUUUACAUUUCAUCCUUCGCUUGGGUUCUUAAAACCUUAGUGUUGUCCUCUCUUCCCUCAACUGUGACUGUUUCAGAGAAACAGACAGGAAAGAUAAACCCCUCCCACCUGUACUUUAGACACCUGUGUGUGUGUGUUGUCUUUCUGUUUGAUACAGUUAUUAGUUUGCUUUCAGUGUUGUGACUUCGCUCAUUGUUCCUAAUGAGUGAUGGUGUAAUUCAAUGGGGUGAAUGGAGGGCAGUUGAAUGUAAUCUGAGGAAUUAAAACCACCCAAACAUGACACACACUAUGUUUUGGUUGUACACUUGUUGGAA